AGGCUACACAUCAAACACCUUAGGAUAUUUGAGGGAGAGUUGGGAAAUAUCACCAGAACAACUACGGUAUAUCCUUACAGAAUAAAGGGUUGCUGUCAGUAUCCUGGAGUCACUUCUCGGAUCAUCUCAUCUAAAGUCCAUGUGACUUUCAACUUUGUUCCUGGUGCUGUAGAAUGGGAUCUGGCUCCUUCCUGCCCCGACUGGAGAGCUAUUUCUGUGCGCUACCAAAUGUCAGCAGAAAACCUUUCAAGAGUUUUGUUUUGUUUUUUUUUGCUAGUGUGCUAAAAAAACUGAUACACUCCUGAACCACUGUUCAGAGAAGCAGGUGAUUUUUGCCAGCCAUGUCACUGAGUGAAUGGGUGUCACAGCUCUCUGACCCUCUGGGCCUUUGUUACUAGUCCCCCUGGGGAUUGCUGAUCUGCAACGUUAAUGUUGAGUGUGCUGUGUUUCAAGGUGUUAAGGAAAAUGCAGAGACGGCACAGCAGCAACACUGAUAGCCUUCCUCCGGAAAGAAGCCGGAGUCAGACAGUCAGUUCUGAGACCAGCGUGGAUGAAGGUGGAGUUUUCGAAGGUUUGAAGGCUGAAACUCCCUCACCCCAGCAGCUUUUCUCAGGGCUGGCAGGCAUCCCAUCUGGUACCAUCCCAACUACCCCAUUCCAGUCAGGUUUAGUCCUGGGUUCCUCAGCAGGAGGCGGGGAUGUGUUCAUUCAGAUGCCAGCCCCAAGGGAAGAAGGGGCCAGCCGAACAGAAGGAGCUCCAUUCCACCACCGGCAGCAGCCCCAUCACUAUCACCAUGGUCACCAUCGGGGAUCCUCUCUGCUGCACGUGGCUAGUGGAGACCGCCACGGACACGCAGAAGAUAAUGCUGAGGACCAGCCUGGGACUCCUGCGCCUGCCCUCUCGGAGCUGAAGGCUGUGAUUUGCUGGCUCCAGAAGGGGCUUCCCUUCAUCCUGAUACUCCUGGCUAAAGUUUGUUUCCAGCAUAAGCUUGGGAUUGCUGUGUGCAUUGGUAUGGCCAGCACAUUUGCAUAUGCUAACUCAACUCUCCGAGAACAGGUCUCUUUGAAGGAGAAGAGGUCGGUGCUGAUUGUCUUCUGGAUCCUGGCCUUCCUCCUGGGAAAUACCUUAUACUUGCUUUACACUUUCAGCUCCCAGCAGCUAUAUAACAGCCUGAUAUUUCUGAAACCCAACCUGGAGAGCCUGGAUUUCUUUGACCUGAUGUGGACUGUGGGGAUCACGGACUUCGUACUGAAGUAUCUCACCAUCUCUUUGAAAUGCCUGGUCGUUGCCCUGCCUAAAAUCAUUCUGGCUGUCAAGUCAAAGGGGAAGUUUUAUUUGGUUAUUGAAGAGCUGAGCCAGCUGUUCCGCUCACUUGUCCCCAUUCAGUCGUGGUACAAAUACAUCAUGGGGGAUGAUCCAUCCAGCAGCUAUUUCCUAGGAGGGAUCCUGAUCAUACUGUAUAGUCUGUGCAAGUCUUUUGACAUCUGUGGCCGUGUGGGGAGUGUCUGGAAGGCACUGAAGGUCCUUUGCACCCCUCAGACCUAUGGAGUCCGUGCAACCAGCCAGCAGUGCAGUGAGGCUGGAGACAUCUGUGCUAUUUGCCAAGUGGAGUUCAGGGAACCUUUGAUCCUUAUGUGCCAGCAUGUGUUUUGUGAAGAGUGCCUCUGCCUGUGGUUUGACAGGGAGAAGACCUGUCCUCUUUGUCGAUCGCUUGCAGUGGAGACUCUGCGCUGUUGGAAAGAUGGCACUACCUCAGCUCACUUCCAGGUUUAUUAACCCCAGCACAUACCAGGAUCAGGAUGACAUGCUUGGUUGUUCCGAAGGCUCCUCUCUCAGUGCUGCUCAGCCCAGACCUUAGAUCCUCUCUCUGUAGGGAGUCAGCAGAAUCCACUUCAUUGUUUCCUAGCAGGAUUGAUGCCUGCUAACAGGGUGGAGUGUUGCAUGCAAAUGCUACCAGUGUGAUACAGACAUCAAGAAUUUGGAUUCUUUUGAGCUUCAUUUGAGAUGUCCAAAGACAAUCUUAUAGCUCAUCUUAAGAUUUCUCCUGGAUCUAGGGUAUGUAUCUGGAUGUGGCCAGCCUGCAUGCAAACAGACAAUAUUUCAAAAUCCCCUAUCAUGGUGACAAUUCCUCUAAUAAAAGCGAUUAGUGGCCCCCUCCUGCUAUGAGGAUUGUGUGAAAUAGAUGCAGGCUGCUUUUUACUUGAGAGGUUGUAUUUUAUGAGGAUCUUGCAGUCAGGUUCCACCAUCCAGGGUAGACUGGGACAAACUUUCUGUAUUGAAAAACCCCAUCUCGCCUAAACAAGCAAAUGCCUCAGCUUCAGAAAAUGCUUUUCAAGGACAGCAGCUUGUACCCUUAAUAGGCAAAUGAACAGACUAGAUGCUGGAGUAGCAUGAGUCUGUAUUCAGCUGUCACAGUGUCUGUCGAGGAUCUUCUGCUGGCACUAGGAUGCAAAUAUAUUUGAUGUUUGUUCACUGUCUCUCGAGCUGGAGCUUUCUCUUUCACUAGACGAUUUACUUUUUGCUGAACGCAUGGAGAAAUGGCUUCAUUAAGCAAUCAUGGCAUCUUCUGUGCUCAUUACUAUGGAAAUGGCCGUAAGAUUACAAUCCCACUUGACUGGAUAAUCAAGCAGGAAGAACUGUACCUCAGGGAAACGGGGCUGCAUGUAUGUAUUGGUUGCUUUCCUCCCCUCCUACUGUAAACCCUCCUUGGGGAAAAAAUUAAAGCAAACAGGAGCUAAUGGCAAUUGGGUUUUGUCUUAACUUUCCUUGGAAAAAAUAAGACAAAAGAGAAAUGAUGGAGGCAGAAUCUGAAUCAAACCUGAAUUAAGAGAGAGAGAGGACGAAGGGAGAGGAGAAGAGGCUUUGCUCCAGAAAAUGAGGUGAGGUGCCUUUGUUAAAAGCCUCUUUAGAAAGGCAUGGACUAAGCCAAACAUUCCUCUGAUUGUCUCCAAAGGAAAGGUCUCUUAGAUUCUGCAGGAGAGAUUUCCAAGUGGCACAAAAUUU